CCAUCUUUUUAAAAUAAAUAAAAAUUCAAAAACUUGCCCUUAUCGAGUAUUUCCGCUUGUUUGAUCCAUCUAUCCUCCAUUACUUUCUGAGCCCAUUUAGAGCUUGGACGAUUCUUGAUAAAAUACGGUUCGAGACUUAGAAACGAUCUUGUAACUGUAUGUAAAGAAUAAAAUGCAUCAGGUUGUGCUGUUUUUGGAAAAUAAUCAGCGAUGAAGCAGAGUUACUACCACCAAUGCAUAGUUGAUUCUUUUCCUAAAACGACGUGUCACCUUUAACCCUCUUGCACCACAGCGAUUUGUCUGCACUUUUUAAUUAAUCGACGAACACAUUGUGCUUUUUUUUUUUUUAUCCACUUAUAGCUACACUUAACGUUCCACAAAGCAAGUUCUCAUGUACAUUAUAUGUUAUACGUUUUCCCCCCUCCCCACUCUCGAAGUUAAUAAGACAAGUAGCUGUCUUCUGAGAAUUUCUUCUGUGCAUGACAAGGUGUUAAUCUUAUGAUCUUGAUUCUGCCCUGUUCUGUAUAAUUUAUAUCUUUUUCUCACCACUCCUCUGCGAACACGCUUACUUUAGGACAGGAUGGAGUUCGUGUGGAGGGCGAGGUUCUCUGUUCUGCUUUUGCACACCUUUACCUGGGGCUGGACAGGCCAUGCACGAGCACUUGACCCCGCCCCCAAGAUUGAUGGACGCCAACAUUCCGAGGUCACUGUGCAAGAAAACAUCACUCGUAAUUUCAGUUGCCAAUCAGAGGGCUGGAUUCCACAAGCCCCUCCCCUGCUCUCCUGGUACCUCAAUGGUGAGAGACAGAGUGAGGUUUCAGGUAGCCGUGGGCCGGGGCGCCUGGUCAUGACGUCGCCGAAUGACAAGGGAAUGAUGAAGUACAGUGCAGAGCGAAACAGCACGUUCACUCUCCGGCCGAGGAAGUGGGAUCGUGAGCUGGUGUGUGCCGCAUCCAACCCGCAUGGUGGAGAGAGCUACAAUGCCACUGUUGUCCUUAACGUUCAGUUUCAGCCGGAGAUUCUGCGAGUCAACGCCCACUACAGUGAGACCUCUGACCCCGGGAUCUCCUUGGUGCUCUUUGCACUGGUUCGCUCCAACCCCCCCGCCACCAUCACGUGGGUGGAUCAGUCCGGCCAGCUGGUGGCCAACACCUCCGACUUCCUCAUCCUGGACUCGCGGAGCUACCCGUGGCUGGCCAAUCACAGUCUGCAGGUCAUGUUGAGCAGCCUAUCAGGAAACGUCUCGCUCAAUGCCAACAACAGCCUCGGCGCUGCCCACACCAACCUGACACUCACAGAAUUCCUGCAGUCUCGAGUAGAAGUGCCGGUGCUAGGGAUUGUCACGGGUGGUGUUGCGGGCUUCGUCACACUCCUCAUCCUCACUCUGAUGGUGCUCUGUCUUCUGCAUAAGGGCAAAACCAAAAUCAUUGAGGAACCAGUCGCAGUUCCCAUGACCCAAGAAUGUAACAGAUCAGACAAUAUACCAGUGAACAGCCACGUGUAUCUGCCACGUGAGAACAUGUCGCUGCCCUCCAACGUGCCGCUCAACGAACACAGCGCUCUCUGUAAAGGCAAGACUACACUGAAUCAAAUAGGCAAUAAAGAGGAGGAGGAGGAAGAGGACCUCUCGUUGGCCUACGCCGCCAGAGGUUUCGCCAGAUACCCCAUGGUCGGUUACAUCUACAAAGUAAACAGCACAAGCAGCGAAGAGAUCUGGCUUUGACUGUAUUUCUCAACACACACACAUUACACACAUCACACACUCAUCCCACGAUGAACUUGCCCUUGUUAGAUUUUAAUAUAAAAA